AUGCUCCGGGGUGAGUGUGUGUGUGGGUGCCUCUCUGGGGUCUUUAAAGGGAUGAUCUGCAAGGCUGUUUAUUUUCCACUUUUGCAGUGCGUUUGUUUUGUUUGUUUUGUUACUUCAGUGUGUAAUACUACCUGGAUUACAUUGUUAAUUUCUUAGGCUAGUACCAAAAGGUUUAUUAAGGUAUUCUGUUAAUACAUUUUUUCCCCAAUUAAUUAAUGCAUUAAAGACUUUCAACAAUACGACUGGUGUUCUGUAGGACUGUAUAGAGAUAAUUGUGUGGGGUAACGUUCCAAUAAACCUAUUGAACACUAUCACAUCUUAUGUAGUGUGCAUACUGUAACUAAUGGAAAUGAUUUAAAAACACUUUCUAUGAAGAUGUUGUUUAUCAUGAUCGGGAUUCUCCAGUACAUCUCAUACCUACUGAUCCACUAGUGGUAAAAGGUCAAUUCUCAGAUCCAUAUUUCAACACAAAAAAGUAACACCUACAAAAGCGUGCAUUGGGGAGAGUGAGUGAGAGGGUUCUAUUCCUGGUCACUGGUCCAGUUAAAUAAUGAUACAGGUCAGGGUCACAUCUAUUGUAGAUGUACUAUUCCUUCUUCCCCAACUCUCAGACAGACACCAGACAGAGUUUCUGAUGAGUAGAUUCGUAUUGUACUUUUACAUAACGCGUCAGUCAUAAUGGUCUUCUGAUGUAUGCCUGUGGUUCUGGAACUCUUUGGUUGGUUGGCAUGACGAUUGUGUCCCCCCUCCUACUGUUUCUGUGGUGACAGGUAAGUUGUUCUGGUUCUUCCUGGUGUUUUCGCUGUGGUUGCUGGGGCGAUGCCAGACCUGGGCCAUGAUUCGCUCCUGGUGCGUUACAGCGCAGAAGUCCAACAUCUUCAAGUGAGGCAGAGCCGCAAUCACAUACCCCCUACACACGUAAAAACAAACACACAGGGGGGUUCUUAUUACUGGGUUUGUCAGGGUACACAAACUUCUGCUUUCUCUUGACCAUAAGGCUCCAGGACUGAACACAUCUAUACAUACAGUGACUCUAUACACACUGUAAACCAGUAGUAAUUUAGCACUGAACAGAGAGGGAGAAUGCCCCAAAACUCAGUAGGAGUUGCAGUGUUGCUAUGCAGACAGGCAGAGAGUCGGUGUGUAACUAGACCCUUUUCUCUCUGCUCAUUUUAAGCACCUGUCAGAACGCUACGCAGCUGCAACUAACUCAGCACCUGUUACAGAUAGGGCUCUGAGCCACGUAGCCCUCAGUGAACAGACAGCACAGGGAGAUCACGGUCUAAGAGUAUUAGUGGAAUAAACCACCCCUGUAACCCAUCUCACCCUACCCCCCCAUGUGGGGCUAAGGGGAGGCGCAUUGGUGGCAGCCUAAUUUGCGUAUGGGUGUGUGUAGAUUUGGGUUUGGCAGCUGUCCUCACCUUUCUCGUGUAAUGCCUGUGGUGCUAAGUGUGUGUGUACCUGUAGCACCCCUCGUUUUCCAUGGUGUUGCCGUGCAGGGUGAGUGUAGCCCCCAGCUUAUCCACCUCUGAAAGGUACAGAUGCUGUAAUCAUGGAGAUACAAGGACCUGGGAAACGGAGUACACUCACGCACACACACACACACACACACAGGCUUUAGGCCCUAAAGUUUAGGGUGAUCACUACUAAUGUACUAGAGAAAUUCAUUUUACCACCCUGCCACCUGUGUCCAUUCAGGAAGAGGCUUGUCUCAAAUUACACAAUAUCGCCUAUAUAGUGAACUACUUUUGACCAGAGCCACUGUGUGAACUCAACACACUGGGUCUAUGUGUGAGAUGUCGUUGAAGAACAGGUCGACCCAGGUGAGCCAUAUUAUUAAAAACAAGUCUGUGAUGAUGCUGUUUAGACGCGGCGAGCGGCUGCAGAACUUCUUCUCUGCAUUUCGCUUCAGUGGUCGCAAGCCCUGGUUGGGCUCCUCCGUCAGAGCUUUUGAGCGAGAGAGAGGAGGUGUGUGAGAGGGCUCAGAUGUGGCACUGAGAAUAGGAAAGGACGCCAUUACUGUAUUGAGACACAGCCAGAAAAGGGAUUAGAGACUGUUGAGUAAGAAGUACAAUGCUCUAAAUUGCAUCUCAAUAGUUGCUUUCUUUCCUUGCCUCCUUUCCUUCAUCUGCACUAAUAUUAAUGUGAAAGAACUGUUGCUGGUUGUGGGGAUCUAUUUUCUUAUAACUAUAUGUGAUGCCUAGCUUAGAAUGAAUACAUUAAUGAUUAAACAUAAUAGGUUUGUGCUGUACUGAUAUAGACUGUUUAACAUAACAAGCUGUGAUUCAUGUGAGGAGCUGUUAGGGAGUAGGGGGAGAUAAGAACUUGUGUCUCACAUACACAAACACUGCCUCUUUGUUAAACCGCGCUCAAGGACGUGUACUGCAAAAAGUGCCGACUCUCUGGACAAGUUGUGAUGACAACAACUUAUGCCUGGCAACAGUGUGCAACAGUGAAGCGCCAAGGGUCUGGGACCAGCCUGUGCGCCAACGAUAGGCUGAGUAAGUCUAAACCACACUCAGCCUCUACCCUGAUAGGCCCAGCAAGGAGCGGGAACUAUCACUGUCAGGGUAUUUAAAGAAGAGCCUGUAACAAUGGAUCAGUUCUCUGUCUGCCCUACGUGGUAUUUCAUUGAGCCCGUAUACGAACCUUCAUACUUAUCAUAUAUUUCAUUUGCAUAUAAUACAUUUAGCUUGAAUUGAAUACCUCUUGAUCAUGUUUUCUCUUAUUCCAAUACCAGAUUUGAACUAACGCUAUUUCUAACAAUUGGUGACCUCCGACUGUGAUCUGGUAGCGGAACUUCGCUGGAAUUCAUCCAGCCCAUUGGACAUCGCUGUCGUCGAACGGUGUGUUUCACAAAGUGCCCGGGCUUCUAAAAACAGGUAAGCAGACACCUAUUGUUAUAUAACUAAAGUUCUGCACAUUGGCUUUAUCCAAAUUAAUUUAGUGAAGCACCUGUUUGAUGUAAGUGAACCCUAUUUUACCAACAUAACGUGCACAUUAUACAACUUAAAUUUCAUAAUAUACUAUGCAAAUGUUUGAUAAUUGUGAUGGUUAAACCCAUGGGAAUUGUAGGAUUAGACAGUGCGACGCUAUGACUAAGGUUCAUAGGAGGUACUUUAAAUAGUUAGACAGUGCGACGCUAUGACUGAGGUUCAUAGGAGGUACUUUAAAUAGUUAGACAGUGCGGCGCUAUGACUGAGGUUCAUAGGAGGUACUUUAAAUAGAUAGGCAGUGCGACGCUAUGACUGAGGUUCAUAGGAGGUACUUUAAAUAGAUAGACAGUGCGACGCUAUGGCUAAGGUUCAUAGGAGGUACUUAAAAUAGAUAGGCAGUGCGACGCUAUGGCACAUAUCAGUUCAGACUAGAUAUGACUAGGUUCAUAGGAGGCACUUAAAAUUCUUUAAGAAAGGGGUGACGCUAUUGACACGUAUCAGCAAAGGCUAGGUACGGCUAGGAUCAGAGGGACACUUUAGAGUAUAGGGUGUUGUCGUAUGCAUGAGAGUGCGAAUGAUCCCAGUGUAAUAAAAAAGUGUUUGCAGACGAAAUAAAAGAGUGAAUGCGGGUUACUAAAAUUAAUAAACCUGUAUACCUUGAUAGAAAACUAAUUAGGAAUUUUAAAAAAAAACGUCUGUGGCGGUCCAAACUGUAUAAUUUGUGAAUAACUAUUGGGUUUGUGGUUGUUUAAACCGUAUAAUUUGUGAAUGAUAAUUAGGAAUAGAUAUACUAAGGUAGAGAAAUUAAAAUAAAACUUAUUAAAAGUGAGAAAUAGAAACUUGAACCUAAAAUUUUAAAACUUUUAGAAUAGAAAUAAAAAGAAGGAAGCAUCGUGUACAUUAAUAUGGCAGGACACACAGAGGCGGAACGAGUGCUGAAAGUACUGAAGUCCACCCUUGAAACAAAAGGAGGGAGGGGCUGGAGACAGCGAGAGUGUGGCUUUUGGAGAGUCAGGAAGGACUAGGGGGUGAUUUGUGUCGAUUGGGAGUUGGCUGGGAACACCACGGGGCGAUUGUUUGAGAGGUGCCUGUGGGUUUCUGAUGAUAUAUACGUACAGUGGGGAAAAAAAGUAUUUAGUCAGCCACCAAUUGUGCAAGUUCUCCCACUUAAAAAAAUGAGAGAGGCCUGUAAUUUUCAUCAUAGGUACACGUCAACUAUGACAGACAAAUUGAGAGAAAAAAAUCCAGAAAAUCACAUUGUAGGAUUUUUUAUGAAUUUAUUUGCAAAUUAUGGUGGAAAAUAAGUAUUUGGUCACCUACAAACAAGCAAGAUUUCUGGCUCUCACAGACCUGUAACUUCUUCUUUAAGAGGCUCCUCUGUCCUCCACUCGUUGCCUGUAUUAAUGGCACCUGUUUGAACUUGUUAUCAGUAAAAAAGACACCUGUCCACAACCUCAAACAGUCACACUCCAAACUCCACUAUGGCCAAGACCAAAGAGCUGUCAAAGGACACCAGAAACAAAAUUGUAGACCUGCACCAGGCUGGGAAGACUGAAUCUGCAAUAGGUAAGCAGCUUGGUUUGAAGAAAUCAACUGUGGGAGCAAUUAUUAGGAAAUGGAAGACAUACAAGACCACUGAUAAUCUCCCUCGAUCUGGGGCUCCACGCAAGAUCUCACCCCGUGGGGUCAAAAUGAUCACAAGAACGGUGAGCAAAAAUCCCAGAACCACACAGGGGGACCUAGUGAAUGACCUGCAGAGAGCUGGGACCAAAGUAACAAAGCCUACCAUCAGUAACACACUACGCCGCCAGGCACUCAAAUCCUGCAGUACCAGACGUGUCCCCCUGCUUAAGCCAGUACAUGUCCAGGCCCGUCUGAAGUUUGCUAGAGUGCAUUUGGAUGAUCCAGAAGAGGAUUGGGAGAAUGUCAUAUGGUCAGAUGAAACCAAAAUAGAAAUUUUUGGUAAAAACUCAACUCGUCGUGUUUGGAGGACAAAGAAUGCUGAGUUGCAUCCAAAGAACACCAUACCUACUGUGAAGCAUGGGGGUGGAAACAUUAUGCUUUGGGGCUGUUUUUCUGCAAAGGGACCAGGACGACUGAUCCGUGUAAAGGAAAGAAUGAAUGGGGCCAUGUAUCGUGAGAUUUUGAGUGAAAACCUCCUUCCAUCAGCAAGGGCAUUGAAGAUGAAACGUGGCUGGGUCUUUCAGCAUGACAAUGAUCCCAAACACACCGCCCGGGCAACGAAGGAGUGGCUUCGUAAGAAGCAUUUCAAGGUCCUGGAGUGGCCUAGCCAGUCUCCAGAUCUCAACCCCAUAGAAAAUCUUUGGAGGGAGUUGAAAGUCUGUGUUGCCCAGCGACAGCCCCAAAACAUCACUGCUCUAGAGGAGAUCUGCAUGGAGGAAUGGGCCAAAAUACCAGCAACAGUGUGUGAAAACCUUGUGAAGACUUACAGAAAAUGUGUGACCUGUGUCAUUGCCAACAAAGGGUAUAUAACAAAGUAUUGAGAAACUUUUGUUAUUGACCAAAUACUUAUUUUCCACCAUAAUUUGCAAAUAAAUUCAUUAAAAAUCCUACAAUGUGAUUUUCUGGAUUUUUUUUCCUCAUUUUGUCUGGCAUAGUUGACGUGUACCUAUGAUGAAAAUUACAGGCCUCUCUCAUCUUUUUAAGUGGGAGAACUUGCACAAUUGGUGGCUGACUAAAUACUUUUUUCCCCCACUGUAUAUCAUGCAAUAAAAUGCAAAUUAAUUACUUAAAAAUCAUACAAUGUGAUUUUCUGGAUUUUUGUUUUAGAUUCCAUCUCUCACAGUUUACAUUUACAUUUACGUCAUUUAGCAGACGCUCUUAUCCAGAGCAACUUACAGUUAGUGAGUGCAUACACUAUUUUUUUGUUGUUAUUUUUUAUUUUAUUUUUCAUACUGGCCCCCCGUGGGAAACGAACCCACAACCCUGGCGUUGCAAAAGCCAUGCUCUACCAACUGAGCUACAUCCCUGCCGGCCAUUCCCUCCCCUACCCUGGACGACGCUGGGCCAUUGGUGGUCCUCUGUGGCUCAGCUGGUAGAGCACGGUGCUUGUAAUGCCAGGGUAGUGGGUUCGAUCCCCGGGACCACCCAUAUACAAAAAAUGUAUGCACGCAUGACUGUAAGUCGCUUUGGAUAAAAGCGUCUGCUAAAUGGCAUAUUAUAUUAUUAUUAUUAUAAUUGUGCGCCGCCCCAUGGUUCUCCUGGUCACGGCCGGCUACGACAGAGCCUGGAUAGUUCAACUGGACAGUUGAAGUGUACCUAUGAUAAAAAUUACAGACCUCUACAUGCUUUGUAAGUAGGAAAAUCUGCAAAAUCGGCAGUGUAUCAAAUACUUGUUCUCCCCACUGUAUGUGCAACAGAAGGUUGUCUUCCCCAAUGCUUUGUUUAUGACUUCAAGUUGCAGUUGGUGAGGAGCAACUUCAGAAAUGUAUACUGAACAAAAAUAGAAAUGCAACAUGCAACAAUUUCAAAGAUUUUACUGAGUGACAGUUCAUAUAAGGAAAUCAGUCAAUUGAAAUAAAUGCAUUAGGCCCUAAUCUAUGGGUUUCACAUGACUGGGCAGGAGUGCAUAGGCCCACCCACUUGGCAACUAUGUCUACCCACUGGGGAGUCAGGCCCAGCCAAGCAGAAUGAGUUUUUCCCCACAAAAGGGCUUUAUUACAGAAAUAAAUACUCCUCAGCACCGUCAUAGACUUUCCGUCAAGUCAGUUCGUCAAAUUUCUGCCCUGUUAGAGCUGCCCCCCCCCACCCCUUUACAUGAUCGCACAGGUGAUGAAGUCGGAUGUGGAGGUCCUGGGCUGGCGUGGUUACACGUGGUCUGCGGUUGUGAGGCCGGUUGGAUAUACUGCCAAAUUCUCUAAAACAACGUUGGAGGCGGCUUAUGGUAGAGAAAUUAACAUUACAUUCUCUGGCAACAGCUCUGGAGGACAUUCCUGCAGUCAGCAUGCCAAUUGCACACUCCCUGUGGCACUGUGUUGUGUGACAAAACUGCACAUUUAAACUGGCCUUUUAUUCCCCCCAGCACAAGAUACACCUGUUUAAAGAUCAUGUUGUUUAAUCAGCUUCUUGAUAUGCCACACCUGUCAGGUGGAUGGAUUGUCUUGGCAAAGAGGAAAUGCUGACUAACAGGGAUGUACACAGAUUUGUGCACAACGUUUGAGAGAAAUAAGCUUUUUGUGCAUAUGGAUCUUUUAUUUCAGCUCAUGAAACAUGUGACCAACACUUUACAUGUUGCGUUUAUAUUUUUGUUCAGUGUAGUUGCAAGUCCGACAAUUUUAUAGCCAUAAUGCAACACACUUUGAAAAGCGGUGACCAACGUUGUUCAACGUCUUGUCAAAAUUGAUCUGCUCUUUUGCCUUGUUCAAGUAUUAGUCGGAAAUAGGAAACUCAGAAAUGUCCGACUUGCUAAUUUGUUGUAGCCAUACGUGACGCGUUUAAAGAAUCAACAAGUCGUAAAUGUUUGAGUUUACAAGUUCCGAUUAGCACUUGAACGCGGCACCAAACCCCGGCCUAGUCUGUUUGAUCUGCUUCGCAAGCGUUCCAGGAAGUCUCGCGAUGUUGCGCGUCUGGGUUUAGAAAUCGUAUCCUCUUUAAAUUGAAAACGAAAGUGAUGUCCGACAUUUUGAAAGGUGGGAAGUAAGAGAGUUGGUAAGUUAGUAGUGUUGUGAGUGAGUAGGGUAUGAUAACUUUCUAAAUGUACUUGACUGUAUAGUUUGGUAUAAUUUUCAAAUGCGCACCCAAUAGGUGUUGAAGGCAUUGUUUACAUUCUGUAUAGGAAGUCGACAGGCCAGUGUCACAACUUGCUUGGUAUGUAGCUAAUGCAACACAGACGUUAGCACCAGGCCGUAGUAGGGCUUCUUUCAACCCCCUGCUACUUCAUCAAUUUUACCGACGGCACCAGAAUAAUCUCUCCCCCUACACAGGAGAUUUGGGAUUUGAGCCUGUCGGUGGAACAGAAAUGGACUCGGAUUCAGAAGUGGAGAGGUGAGUGGACCGGUACCACUGUCUGUUAAACCUUUGGAAAGAGUGUUUGAACGAUUAACGUCAGUUGAAUAUGCGUAAGUGUGUUACCAUGUUGUUGGACCAAUACUAUAUGAGUCAUUGGAGCUAUAUUCCCUUCUCUGUCAUCUCAAUUUAUGUUUUUAAUGGAGUUGUUACAGCCAAGGGCUGUUAGCAGACUUUUAUCAUAACUGAUGGUGUUUUGAAUAGCACCUUUCCAGGUCCCAAAGAUAUUUUGGGACACCAAACACAGCCUACACAAUUAGUAAUACACGUUUAGGAAAAUGUUACUAGGUUUUAUUUCCUGGGAUGUUGUUGUCAGAAUCCAACAGGGGAGCCGGAAUCAGGAGAGACCUCCCUCUAGCUAUGGAUCCAUGAAGAGUGAUGAAGAGGAGGAAGAGGACGAGAACAUCACAGAGGCUCAGAGCUCGUCUGGCAAACCGGAACUACCUACCUUCACUACACAUACAGGGUACACACACACACACAGCUUGCCUGUCAAACCUGACUGACCACCUACAGUGCCUUCAGAAAGUAUUCACACUCAUUCAUGUUAUGGUAUGCUUGUCAUCGGCAAGGACUAGGGAGUUUUUUUUGGGGGAUAAAAAGAAACGGAAUAGAGCUAAGCACAGGCAUAAUCUUAGAGGAAAAUCUGGUUCAGUCUGCUUUCCAGCAGAUACUGGUAGACAAAUUCACCUUUCAGCAGGACAGUAACCUAAAACACAAGGUCAACUACUGUAUACACUGGAGUUGCUUACCAAGACGACAUUCAAUGUUCCUGAGUGGCCUAGUUACAGUUUUGACUUAAAUCGGCUUGAAAAUCUAUGGCAAGACUUGAAAAUUGUUGUCUAGCAAUGAUCAACAACCAACUUGAGAGCAUGAAGAAUUUUUUAAAUAAUAUGUGCAAAUAUUGUACAGUCCAGGUGUGGAAAGCUCUUCGAGACUUACCCAGAACGACUCGCAGCUGUAGUGGCUGACAAAGGUGAUUGUAACAUGUAUUGACUUGGGGUGUGAAUACUAUACUAUACUACUGUUUAUAAAUGUGGUAUUUCUGUAUUUCAUUUUGAAUAAAUGUGCAUUUUUUGUUUACUUUGUCGUUAUGGGGUGUUGUGUGUAGAUGGGUGAGAAAUCAAUUUAAUAAGUCAAGGGGUAAGAAUACUUUUGGAAGGCACUGUAUGCUGUCACUGGGUAUUACACACAUACUGUGACCACAUAACACUAUCAGAUUGUUUCCUGGUUGGUUUCCCUAAUCUAUUAAGUUAAUUUGAAAGGUUUGACAAAUCCUCCUUCCAUCCGUUCUCCUGUCCUGACGUUGUCCUGACGUUGAGGUUGUGCUAAUGCGCUCUUGUUCCUCCAGGGUCCAGCUGUUCCCCAACGUGGAUACAGAGACAGUCUUCACUGAGAUCACACAGCAGCAGUCUGUCAGCAAGCAGCCCGGAGAGGGAGUCUUUGUCUCAGAGAGGUAACACACACACACACACACACACACACACACACACACACACACACACACACACACACACACACACACAGUUGCUGACCAGGUACAUUCUCUUUCUCUCUGUCUGUAGAUAUGUAGAGGAGGAGGAGGAGGAGGAGGAGGAAGAAGAAAGGUAUGAAAGCAGCCCCAUCCAGGUAGACUCCCCUGAGCCCUCGCCCCCCGUCGAGCCUGAGGACCAAUCACAGGAAGAGGGCGAUGAUGAGCAACAGCCAGGCUCGUUGCAUCCUGAAAUCGACCUGCCUUACAUAUUCAAGGUGUGCGAGCGUGUUUUCACCAAAUGUGAAUGUGUGUCUGAUCUGUGGUUCUCUUGCUAUGAGAGUAUGUAUGUGAACUCUCUCUCCUCCCCUUCCUCUAUCUAGUCCAUGCAGAGUUCUCUGACAUCACUGCAAGGUCAUGAGUUAGACCUGUUUAAGCGGUAUCUGUGUGGGCGCCACCCCUCCUUCACCAUGGCUGACCUGAAGGAGGGUGAUACGCUGGACCUAGUGGAUAAGAUGCUGGAGCGCUUCGGUAAAGGCUAACACAAAUUUACAGUCGCACCCUGUUAGUGCACUGCUUACCACAAUCACACCCUGUUAGUGCACUGCUUACUACAAUCACACCCUGUUAGUGCACUGCUUACUACAAUCACACCCUGUUAGUGCACUGCUUACUACAAUCACACCCUGUUAGUGCACUGCUUACUAUAAUCACACCCUGUUAGUGCACUGCUUACUACAAUCACACCCUGUUAGUGCACUGCUUACUACAAUCACACCCUGUUAGUGCACUGCUUACUACAAUCACACCCUGUUAGUGCACUGCUUACUACAAUCACACCCUGUUAGUGCACUGCUUACUACAAUCACACCCUGUUAGUGCACUGCUUACUACAAUCACACCCUGUUAGUGCACUGCUUACCACAAUCACACCCUGUUAGUGCACUGCUUACCACAAUCACACCCUGUUAGUGCACUGCUUACUACAAUCACACCCUGUUAGUGCACUGCUUACUACAAUCACACCCUGUUAGUGCACUGCUUACUACAAUCACACCCUGUUAGUGCACUGCUUACUACAAUCACACCCUGUUAGUGCACUGCUUACUACAAUCACACCCUGUUAGUGCACUGCUUACUACAAUCACACCCUGUUAGUGCACUGCUUACUACAGUCGCACCCUGUUAGUGCACUGCUUACCGCAAUCACACCCUGUUAGUGCACUGCUUACUACAAUCACACCCUGUUAGUGCACUGCUUACCGCAAUCACACCCUGUUAGUGCACUGCUUACUACAAUCACACCCUGUUAGUGCACUGCUUACUACAAUCACACCCUGUUAGUGCACUGCUUACUACAAUCACACCCUGUUAGUGCACCGCUUACUACAAUCACACCCUGUUAGUGCACUGCUUACUACAAUCACACCCUGUUAGUGCACUGCUUACUACAAUCACACCCUGUUAGUGCACUGCUUACUACAAUCACACCCUGUUAGUGCACUCCUUACUGCAAUCACACCCUGUUAGUGCACUGCUUACUACAAUCACACCCUGUUAGUGCACUGCUUACUACAAUCACACCAUGUUAGUGCACUGCUUACUACAAUCACACCCUGUUAGUGCACUGCUUACUACAAUCACACCAUGUUAGUGCACUGCUUACUACAAAAGAAGCAACUACAGCAGGAACAGGUUGUCAUUAGAGAUGGUGAUCAUUUUUACAUUUUAGUCAUUUAGCAGACGCUCUUAUCCAGAGCCACUUACAGUUAGUGAAUGCAUACAUUUUUCAUACUGGCCCCCCGUGGGAAAUGAACCCACAACCCUGACGUUGCAAGCGCCAUGCUCUACCAACUGAGCUACACGGGGCCCAUUAUGUCUAAUGUAUUUAUAAAGUGCUUUCGGUUUUUGAUGCUGAUUAUUAUGUGUCAGGUAAACUGCAAGGCCUGCGGGAGGCGAUCCGCAUGCUGGAGAGCAUGAAGAAAUCCGAGCUGGCCCAGGAACUAGAGAAUAAGUGCAAGAGAGGUAACAACCAGAACUGUCUUUCACUCACCACACCUGGGUUAAAUUACAUGUGUAUUUGUUAUUUCAAAUCAAAUCAAACUUUAUUUAUAUAGCACAUUUCAGACAUGAAUGCAACGCAGUGCGCUUCACAGGAAAGAACAUAAAUAAAAACUUCAAUAUUUACUACACAACAAACAUAAGAUAAAAAUAACAAAAGAAUAACAAAAACGGAAUGACUAAAAUGCUUUCCUAAGGAAAAGCUAAGCUAAAAAGGUGUGUUAUAAGAUCUAUUUAAAAAAUGUCAAGAGUUUCGGCCCCCCUCAGGUUCUCUGGCAGACUAUUCCAGAGGCUGGGGGCAUAGUAACUAAAGGCUGCCUCUCCAUGCCUCUUGGUCCCAGGCUUUGGGAUACUUAAAAGGCCAGUGCCAGAGGACCUGAGGGACCUACUGGGUACAUAACUCAUGUGUUGGGGUGCACAAUUGUGGAUUUAUUUAAAAACCAAUAGAAUCAUCUUUAAAUGAAUUCUAAAACUCGCAGGCAGCCAGUGCAGAGACUUUAAAACCGGUAUAAUGUGUGCUCUCUGUCUAGUCUUGGUCAGUACCCGUGCUGCAGCAUUCUGUAUGUUUUGCAGUUGACCAAUGGCUUUCUUGGGUAGACCAGACAGGAGAGCAUUACAGUAGUCAAGUCUGCUUGUAAUAAAAGCAUGGAUGAGUCUCUCUGCAUCUGCCUGAGAUAGAAACGGCCGCACCAUGGCAAUGUUCCUCAGGUGGUAAAAAGCUAUUUUGGUCACAUUCCUAAUGUGUGAUUCGAAAUUGAGUUCAGAAUCUAAAAUGACACCUAGGUUUUUUACCUGGUGUUUUGUCUUUAUUGCCUGUGAAUUAAAAUGUGCCAAGGGGUAACAUAUAUUAACUGAACAGUACCAGACCCAAAAUCGAACCUUGUGGAAUGCCACAUGUAAUAUGUAUUUUCUGAGUUAUGUUCACCAAUUGUGACAAAUUCUCAACAGGUUAAAUAGGUCCUAAACCAAUUUAGAACUGGACCGAAGAGGCCAACCCACCUCUCCAGUCUGUCCAGAAGGACAUCAUGGUCAACAGUGUUGAAUGCAGCACUUAAAUCCAAGAGUACAAGGACAGAGAGCUGUUUGGCAUCUGUGUUGGCUCUAAGAUCAUUUACCACUUUAACUAAGGCUGUCUCUGUGCUGUGGUGGGCACGAAAACACAGUUGGCACUUAGAAAAAUAAUUGAGCUGUUUGAAAACCAAUUUCUCCAGAAUUUUGCUUAACAAUGGAAGGUUGGAUUAUUGGCUGAAGAAUCUAGAUGACUUUUCUUCAGAAGGGGUUUCACCAUAGCAGUGUUUAGUGCAGUGGGGAAAGUGCCUGUGAACAGGGAGUGAUUAACAAUAGCUUGCAGUUCUUCAGAUAUGCAAUAGGAUAGGAUCGAGAAGGCAGGUAGAAGUCUUAUAUUGUGAUAUCACUUUCCUGAGCAUGACUGUGUCAACCAAGGAAAAUAACUCCAUAGUGCCUUUGCGUGGUAGGCUAUGGCACAUAUCAAACUUCUCAUCAGGUCUUGCUUGACUGAUACCCAGCCUAAUGUUUGCCAUCUUAUCUCUGAAAUAUGCUGCAAACUCAUCACAUUUACAGUUGAAGUUUACAUACACCUUAGCCAAAUACAUUUAAACUCAGUUUUUCACAAUUCCUGACAUUUAAUCCUAGUAAAAAUUCCAUGUCUUAGGUCAGUUAGGAUCACCAUUUUAUUUUUAGAAUGUGAAAUGUCAGAAUAAUAGUAGAGAGAAUGAUUUAUUUCAGCUUUUAUUUCUUUCAUCACAUUCCAAGUGGGUCAGAAGUUUACAUACACUCAAUUAGUAUUUGGUAGCAUUGCCUUUAAAUUGUUUAACUUGUGGAAGGCUACCCGAAACGUUUGACCCAAGCUUCCCACAAUAAGUUGGGUGAAUUUUGGCCCAUUCCUCCUGACAGAGUUGGUGUAACUGAGUCAGGUUUGUAGGCCUCCAUGCGCACACACACUUUUUCAGUUCUGCCCACAAAUGUUCUAUAGGAUUGAGGUCAGGGCUUUGUGAUGGCCACUCCAAUACCUUGACUUUGUUGUCCUUAAGCCAUUUUGCCACAAGUUUGGAAGUAUGCUUGGGGUCAUUGUCCAUUUGGAAGACCCAUUUGCGACCAAGCUUUAACUUCCUGACUGAUGUCUUGAGAUGUUGCUUCAACAUAUCCACAUAAUUUUCCUUCCUCAUGAUGCCAUCUAUUGUGUGAAGUGCACCAGUCCCUCCUGCAGCAAAGCACCCCCACAGCAUGAUGCUGCCACCCCCGUGCUUCACGGUUGGGAUGGUGUUGUUCAGCUUCCAAGGGACCCCCUUUUUCCUCCAAACAUAACGAUGGUCAUUAUGGUCCAACAGUUCUAUUUUUGUUUCAUCAGACCAGAGGACAUUUCUCCAAAAAGUACAAUCUUUGUCCCCAUGUGCAGUUGCAAACCGUAGUCUUUGUUUUUUAACAGAGGUUUUGGAGCAGUGGCUUCUUCCUUGCUGAGCGGCCUUUCAGGUUAUGUCGAUAUAGGACUUGUUUUACUGUGGAUAUAGAUACUUUUGUACCUGUUUCCUCCAGCAUCUUCACAAGGUCCUUUGCUGUUGUUUUGGGAUUGAUUUGCACUUUUCGCACCAAAGUACGUUCAUCUCUAGGUGACAGAACGUGUCUCCUUCCUGAGCGGUAUGACGGCUGCGUGGUCCCAUGGUGUUUAUACUUGCGUACUAUUAUUUGUACAGAUGAACGUGGUACCUUCAGGCAUUUGGAAAUUGCUCCCAAUGAUGAACCAGAUUUUUUUUCCAAGGUCUUUUUUUUCCUGUGGUCCUCUGUAGCUCAAUCGGUAGAGCAUGGCGCUUGUAACGCCAGGGUAGUGGGUUCGAUCCCCGGGACCACCCAUACGUAAAAAUGUAUGCACACAUGACUGUAAGUCGCUUUGGAUAAAAGCGUCUGCUAAAUGGCAUAUUAUCAUUAUAUUAUUAUUGGCUGAUUUCUUUUGAUUUUCCCAUGAUGUCAAGCAAAGAGGCACUGAGUUUGAAGGUAGGCCUUGAAAUACAUCCACAGGUACACCUCCAAUUGACUCAAAUGAUGUCAAUUAGCCUAUCAGAAGCUUUUAAAGCCAUAACAUCAUUUUCUGGAAUUUUCCAAGCUGUUUAAAGGCACAGUCAACUUAGUGUAUGUAAACUUCUGACCCACUGGAAUUUUGAUACAGUGAAUUAUAAGUAAAAUAAUCUGUCUGUAAACAAUUGUUGGAAAAAUUACUUGUCAUGCACAAAGUAGAUGUCCUAACCGACUUGCCAAAACUAUAGUUUGUUAACAAGACAUUUGUGGAGUGGUUGAAAAAUGAGUUUUAAUGACUCCAACCUAAGUGUAUGUAAACUUCCGACUUCAACUGUAGAUGUGGAGGAAAGUUCACAUAGAUCCUAUCCCCGCAAACCUAUCAGGCCAUCAAUGUUCAAGAAAAGUACAUACUUUUUUUCUGUGCAUUUGAGUAUUUCAAAUACACAGCACAAAACAAGUACUUUUAUUUUAUUAUUUGAAUGGUUAUUUUUUUUUUAAAGUUGACAAUUGUAUUUGAAAGUAUUUAAGACUUAUUUCAAAUACUUUUUUCAAAUACCUGGGUUGAAUGCAUGGGAGUGUAUUUGAGUCAGUGUAUUUGAGUAUUUUCAAAUACUUUCCAAGUUUAUUUCCAAAUACUUUCAACUACUUGUUGUUUUUCUUCAAAUAAAGGUUAUCGGAAUACUUGUUUCGAAAUGUAUUGAAAAGUAAUUGAAAAACAGUGCAUUCGGAAAGUUUUCAAACCCCUUGACUUUUUCCACAUUUUGUGGAAUUAUUAUUCUAAAAUGGAUGACAUUGUAUUUUUUCCCUCCGUCUACACACAAUACCCCAUAAUGACAAAGCAAAAACAGGUUUUUAUUAAUUUUUGCAAAUGUAUUACAAAUUUAAAAAAACUAUCAAAUGUACAUAAGUAUUCAGACCCUUUAUCCAGUACUUUGUUGAAGCACCUUUGGCAACGAUUACAGCCUCGAGUCUUCUUGGGUAUGACGCUACAAGCUUGGCACACCUGUAUUUGGGGAGCUUCUCCCAUUCUUCUCUUCAGAACCUCAAGCUCUGUCUGGUUGGAUGGGGAGCGUCGCUGCACAGCUAUUUUCACGUCUCUCCAGAGAUGUUUGAUCAGGUUCAAGUCCGGGCUCUGGCUGGGCCACUCAAGGACAUUCAGAGACUUGUCCCGAAGCCACUCCUGCAUUGUCUUGGCUGUGUGCUUAGGGUCGUUGUCAUGUUGGAAGGUGAACCUUCGCCCCAGUCUGAGGUCCUGAGCGCUCUGGAGCAGGUUUUCAUCAAGGAUCUCUCUGUACUUUGCUCUGUUCAUCUUUCCCUCAAUCCUGACUAGUCUCACAGUCCCUGCCGCUGAAAAAUAUCCCCACAGCAUGAUGCCGCCCACCCCCAUGCUUCACCGUAGGGAUGGUGCCAGACAUGAUGCUUGUCAUUCAGGCCAAAGAGUUCAAUCUUGGUUUCAUCAGACCAGAGAAUCUUGUUUCUCAUGGUCUGAGAGUCCUUAUGUACGUUUUGGCAAACUCCAAGUCUGGCCACUCUAUCAUAAAGGCCUGAUUGGUGGAGUGCUGCAGAGAGGGUUGUCCUUCUGGAAGGUUCUCCCAUCUCCACAGAGGAACUCUGGAGCUCUGUCAGAGUGACCAUCAGGUUCUUGGUCACCUCCCUGACCAAGGCCCUUCUCCCCCGAUUGCUCAGUUUGGCCGGGCGGCCAGCUCUAGGAUGAGUCUUGGUGGUUCCAAACUUCUUCCAUUUAAGAAUGAUGGAGGCCACUGUGUUGUUGGGGACCUUCAAUGCUGCAGAAAUGUUUUGGUACCCUUCCUCAGAUCUGUGCCUCGACACAAUCCUGUCUUAGAGCUCUACGGUCAAUUCCUUGGGCCUCAUGGCUUGGUUUUUGCUCUGAUAUGCAUUGUCAACUGUGGGACCUUAUAUAGACAGGUGAGUGCCUUUCCAAAUCAUGUCCAAUCAAUUGAAUUUACCACAGGUGGACUCCAAUCAAGUUGUAGAAACAUCUCAAGGAUGAUCAAUGGUAACAGGAUGCACCUGAGGUCAAUUUCGAGUCUCAUAGCAAGCAAAGGGUCUGAAUACUUAAGGUAUGUUUUAUUUUUUCUAAAUUUGCAAAACUUUCUAAAAACCUGUUUUCGCUUUGUCAUUAUGGGGUAUUGUGUGUAGAUGAGGAUUUGGUUUUAUUUAAUCAAUUUUAAAAUAAGGCUAACAUCACAAAUAUGUGGAAAAAGUCAAAGGGUCUGAAUACUUUCCGAAUGCACUGUACCUGAGAUAGUAUUUGAACCCAGGUCUGCAGCAGACGAGACUGGGGAGGUAUCUGUACUUAAUCAGUCAGACUGUUCUCUCACUCCCUCCACCCAAUCUCUCUAUUUAUGUCUCUGUCUCCACUCCCUCCACCCAAUCUCUCUAUUUAUGUCUCUGUCUCAACUCCCUCCACCCAAUCUCUCUAUUUAUGUCUCUGUCUCUACUCCCUCCACCCAAUCUCUCUAUUUAUGUCUCUGUCUCCACUCCCUCCACCCAAUCUCUCUAUUUAUGUCUCUGUCUCCACUCCCUCCACCCAAUCUCUCUAUUUAUGUCUCGGUCUUCUACUCCGUUCCACCCAAUUCUCUCUAUUGAUGUCGCUGUCCCCCCCCUUCAUCCCCCUCUCGGUGUCUUCCCCCUCUUCCAUCCCUCUCUCUGUCUCCCCCCUCUUCCAUCCCUCUCUCUGUCCUCCCCCUCUUCCAUCCCGCUCCUCGUCCUGUCCCCCCCUCUUCCAUCCCUUCUCUUCUGUCGCCCCCUCUUCCUCCGCUCUCUGUCUCCCCCUCUUCCAUCCCCUCUCUUCUUGUCUCCCCCUUCGUCCAUCGCCCCCCCUGUCUCCCCCUCUUCCAUCCCUCUCUCUGUCUCCUCCUCUUUCCCAUCCCUCUCUCUGUCUCCCUCCGCUUCCAUCCCUUCUCGUCUGGUCCUCCCCCCUCUUCCAGCCCCCUCUCUGUCUCCCCCUCUUCCAUCCCCCUCUCUGUCUCCCCCUCUUCCAUCCCUCUCUCUGUCUCCCCCUCUUCCAUCCCCCUCUCUGUCUCCCCCUCUUCCAUCCCUCUCUCUGUCUCCCUUUCUUUAGCUGUGAUCCAGUAUGAGUUGAAGUGUGGUCUGAUCCGGAGACACAACUGUAUCUUUGAGGGUGUUCCCCGGGCGGGCCAGCAUCUGUACCUGAAGUACGUCUACGUUGAACCCCAAAUCUCCACCCAAGGUCACGGCGGGGUCAACCCCCUGCACGGGAUCCGGUCCGAUCCCCCCAAACCUCCCCAGGUCGCCUCCCCAGACAGCAUGAUUGGUGGGAAUAACAUAUUCCGUCUCCGGUCAAUUAAUGGGUCUCCAGUGCGGUGCGUUCUGACCACGGGGGUGCCCGGAAUCGGAAACUCUGUGGCGGUCCAGAAGUUCAUGCUGGAUUGGGCAGAGGAACGGGCUAAUUUCGACAUUCAGUUUGUGUUCCCGUUUCCAUUCCGGGAGAUGCAGUCUCUGAGGGAGCGGAACAGAGUUGAGAAGAAGAACAUCAGUAUGUUGGAGCUGCUGCAGACAUACCACAAUGAGACACGCUCCAUGGACUUUCUGGAGCAGCCAGACUGCAAGGUGCUGUUUGUCAUGGACGGGAUUGACAUUUACAAAGGAAAUCUCGACUUCAAGGUACACACUCACACAGGGCUGCUCACACACACUCACACAGGGCUGAAAUGAGGUGUUUGGCUAUGGAACCGCUCUGUACAGUACCUAUAAAGAGAUCUCUCCUUCUCCCCACUCUCCUCCAGAACACUCCUGUUGUGACUGACAUUAAGGCUGUUCUUCCCCUGGACUCUCUGUUGGUGAAUCUGAUCCGAGGCGCUCUGCUGCCCCACGCCCUCUUGUGGCUGACUGGGAGACGUGCAGCUACCACACAGAUACCUCCUGAGUACAUCCACCGUGUCGCUGAGAUACAGGGCUACAGGUGUGUGUGGUGUUUAGAGGGGGGUGUGGGGAUUGGGUGUUAGGAUAGUGUUUUGUUUUAUUGAGUAACUAACCCCCUCUAACAUCCUAUGAGUUGUUGCAACACAAUGUCAAGCACUGAGGGUGAGUAAAAUGAAACACUUCGAUAUAAAAUGCUAACCGUUGACUAUUUUAUUGCUGUUAUUAGUUAGUCUUUUUAUUGUGUUACAGUGACGAGCAGAAGGAUGACUAUCUGACCAUGCGUUACUCAGACAAGUCUCUGGCUGAUAAGAUCCUCAGACACACCAAGAACUCCCCCACCAUCUACACCCUGUGUCACAUUCCCUUCUGCUGCUGGAUGGUUGCCAUGGUGUAUGAGAGGGGUUUCCGUAACCAUGACAACUACGGAGAUGAGCCCCCCAAGAUAACGUCCUUCUUCAUCCACUACAUGAUCAUCCAGAACAACCGCAAGCUGGAGAAAUACUAUGGGCAAAACCCCAACUCACAGGUCUGAUCCACCCUCCUAAUAUAUAAUAUAAACAGUGCCUUCGGAAAGUAUUCAGACCUCGACUUUUUCCACAUUUUGUUACGUUAUUCUAAAAUGGAUGAAAAAAUUAUCAAUCUACACACAAUACCCCAUAAUGACAAAGCCAAAAGAGGUUUAGAAAUUCUUAUUAAUUUAUUACAAAUAAAUAACAGAUAUCUUAUUUACAUAAGUAUUCAGACCCUUUGCUAUGAGACACAAAAUUGAGCUGAGGUGCAUCCUGUUUCCAUUGAUCAUCCUUGAUGUUUCUACAACUUGAUUGGAGUCCACCUGUGGUAAAUUCAAUUGAUUGGACAUGAUUUGGAAAGACACACCUGUCUAUAUAAGGUCCCACAGUUGACAGUGCAUGUUAGUGCAAAAACCAAGCCAUGAGGUUGAAGGAAUUUUCCGUAGAGCUCCGAGACAGGAUUGUGUCGAGGCACAGAUCUGAGGAAGGGUACCAAAACAUUUCUGCAGCAUUGAAGGUCCCCAAGAACACAGUGGCCUCCAUCACUCUUAAAUUGAAGAAGUUUGGAACCACCAAGACUCAUCCUAGAGCUGGCCGCCCGGCCAAACUGAGCAAUCGGGGGAGAAGGGCCUUGGUCAGGGAGGUGACCAAGAAUCCGAUGGUCACUCUGACAGAGCACUAGAGUUCCUCUGUUGAGAUGGGAGAACCUUCCAGAAGGACAACCAUCUCUGCAGCACUCCACCAAUCAGGCCUUUAUGGUAGAGUGGCAAGACGGAAGCCACUCCUCAGUAAAAAAGCACAUGACAGCCCGCUUGGAGUUUACCAAAAGGCACCGAAAGACUCUCAGACCAUGAGAAACAACAUUCUCUGGUCUGAUGAAACCAAGAUUGAACUCAUUGGCCUGAAUGCCAAGCGUCACGUCUGGAGGAAACCUGGCACCAUCCCUACGGUGAAGCGUGGUGGCAGCAUCAUGCUGUGGGGAUGUUUUUCAGCGGUAGGGACUGCAAGACUAGUCAGGAUCGAGGUAAAGAUGAACGGAGCAAAGUACAGAAAUAUCCUUGAUGAUAACCUGCUCCAGAGCUCUCAGGGCCUCAGACUUGGGCAAAGGUUCACCUUCCAACAGGACAAUGACCCUAAGCCAAGAAAACGCAGGAGAGGCUUCGGGACAAGUCUCUGAAUGUCCUUGAGUGGCCCAGAGCCCAGACUUGAACCAGAUUGAACAUCUCUGGAGAGACCUGAAAAUAGCUGUGCAGCGACACUCCCCAUCCAACCUGCCAGAGCUUGAGAGGAUAUGCAGAGAAGAAUGGGAGAAACUCCCCAAAUACAGGUGUGCCAAGCUUGUAACAUACCCAAGAAGACUCGAGGCUGUAAUCACUGCAAAAGGUGCUUCAACAAAGUACUGAGUAAAGGGUCUGAAUACUUAUGUAAAUGUGAUUUCAGUUUUUUAUUUUUAAUAAAUUAGUAAAAUAUUCUAAAAACCUGUUUUACCUUUUGUCAUUAUGGGGUAUUGUGUGUAGAUUGAUGAGGAAAAAAACAAAUUUAAUCAAUUUUAGAAUAAGGCUGUAACAAUGUGGAAAAGUAUUUUGGCAGAUGAUUUCAUCCAAAGCAAUUUAGUCACAUGUGCAUAUAUUUUAUGUAUGGAUACCCACUAUCCCGGCGUUGCAAGCACCAUGCUCUGCCAGCUGAGCUACAGAGGAUCUCCUCCCUAAUGUUGGUUCACGCAUCUUACCUGCUAGUUGUGUACUAGGUGGUCCUCUGUAGCUCAGCUGGUAGAGCACGGCGCUUGUAACGCCAAGGUAGUGGGUUCGAUCCCCGGGACCACCCAUACACAAAAAUGUAUGCACGCAUGACUGUAAAUUGCUUUGGAUAAAAGCGUCUGCGAAAUGGCAUAUUAUUAUUAUUAUUAUUAUUAUUAUUACUAGGUCUUAUGUACAGUAUAAAGACUGAGUCUGGUAUUUUCUUUUUUCGAUGCUAAACAUCUCUAGAAAGUCUCAGGUUCUGGUCCCAGGAGAGUUUGAUUUUGUUUAGCGUCUUCCCCACAUUAUGAUGUCAGAUAUGACAUUGGUGUAGGUUGUCCGCUGGUGGUGCUGUUAUUGUGUUUAUUGUGUAAGGUAUCUUUUGAACCUGAAAUAAAUAAAUACGUAUUAUUACUGUAUUAUUCCUAUAAUCAGAAAUGGACGGAAACGGACCAAGUGUUCAUGUUGAAGCUGGGUCACCUGGCUCUGAAGCUGUUGGAUAAUAACCGCUCGGUGUUCUAUGAAGAGGACCUGAACGAGUACAGACUGCUGGUGAGCGAGGUGGCCUGUUUUUCGGGCCUGUGCACUGAGCUGCCCAGGGCAAAUCCCAAAGACAAGCGGGUCUUCUGCUUCACACACCUGAGCUUCCUGGUGGGUUGGACUUCCUGUCACAUGACUUUACUUCUCUUGAUUUUAGGUAUUGUUAUUGAGAUUGACAGAGGUAUUAUUAUUCGUAAUGAAUAUGUUGUUCUUAUCAUCAGGAGUUCAUGGCUGCACAUUAUGUAUGGCUCACCUUCCGCCUGGAGGAGCGGAACGUUCUAGACCAGUCCUACCGCGUCCCCAAGCUGUUCAAGGAGCACUCUCUGGUGGACUUGUACCGCAAAGCCAUUGACCGUUACCUCAGCGCUCCUGUCGGCCAGUACGACCUGUUCCUGCGCUUCCUGUGCGGCCUGUCCAUGACGCUCAAUGACGGUCUGCUCCGAGGGAUGCUGUUCCCCCAUAACGCCCCUCCGCUGAAAGGUCUGGAGGACGUGGUCAGGCUGCUGACCAAGAGGAAGGGCAGUGCAGGGCAAGAGAGACAGGACAACCUUAGUGAAUGCCUCAGGGAGCUGAAAGAGUCUGAGGACUGAAAAGUCUCAUGCUGUUAGCAAACACGUUUGAUCAUUUGUUUUUAAUGCGACCAAAGUAUCGGUGUAGUCUCUGUGCCCCGCUAAAGGCAAAGCAAUGGGCUUUCAGUCUGUCCCAUCCAACUAGCAGACAGAGAGAGAUGGAGAGAUAAGGGAGAAAUCACAAAUGUGUCUUACCAAAAAUAGUUAUAAUCAUUAUUGUGUCUGAACAAACUCCGUGACUGUGCCUAGUCUGUUGUAAGGACUAAUAUAUAACCCAUUAACUACCAGUCAAGAUAAAGACCAAGGUGCUUGCUAGCCUUGUGUUGCCAUACAGCCUGUUCAUCCUCUACUCAACAAGAUGACGACACACUGGAGGACGGACGGAUGCACGCUCUGAGACCGUACUGACCCUAGUAGCAGAAUCCAUUAUUUAUUGCUUCUCCAUCACUGACACUAGCCAGCACACGUCUCCAGUUGUAGUACAGGCAGAAUCAGGUAUUUAGUUAACAUUUUCAUGAUUUGUUUAACAUAAACUUGAUGGAAAGGGAGUACUUGUAUUGAUUUUGUUUAUGUGCACACCUUUAUGAGUGUUUAAAUUAAAUUACAUGUGUAUCUGUGUCUAUGUAGUUUGUGUAUUGGGGUGAAGGGUGAAAGGUGAAGGGUGUACAGUAGAGAUGGGCGAAAUGGGGAAAAAAAUCCAUAUCACACUAAUUGGCUGAAUUAUCAUGAUAAAUUGAAAGAUGUUUAUUCAUGUGCACCAGUUAUUUUUGUAGAUGACCCUUAGUAGGGCUGACCCCAAUUAGUCGACUGGUCGAUUGUUUGGUCGUUAGGCUAUUGGUGGACCGAGAUUGUUUUAGUCGAGCAGUAACAUACAUAUAUA